CACCGCUCUACAGAGGAAGAAAGGGGGAGACGGGCAGCCUGUACACAACGCUGUAAGUGUAGUCUAUAUUUAUACCGAAUAUUAAAACACACACACAUAUAGCUGAAGUCUGUGCCGCUCUGGCUGCUAAUAACGUUCAACCUUGCCCCGGGGUUUAGUUCACACAAAUAUGAGCGGCAGCGGGCGGGCCAGGACCAGCUCAUUCGCGGAGCCUCCCGGAGCUCCUGGAUCCGCUGCAGCCGGUGCCGGAUCAGCAGUAGCCGGCGGAAGCUCGACAGGAAAAACUGGGGCUUCACAAGCCAGCGGGAGCAGCUCGACGAGCUUUGGGAAUUUGAAACUCCCUAGAGACAGUGGCAAAGUGACCACAGUGGUAGCCACACCCGGCCAGGGCCCUGAUCGCCCACAGGAAGUGUCCUACACAGACAUAAAGGUUAUAGGAAAUGGCUCCUUUGGAGUGGUCUACCAAGCUCGCCUCAUUGACAGCCAGGAGAUGGUGGCAAUUAAGAAAGUUCUCCAAGACAAGAGGUUUAAGAAUAGGGAGCUGCAAAUUAUGAGGAAAUUGGACCACUGCAACAUUGUGAGGCUACGUUACUUCUUCUACUCCAGCGGAGAGAAGAAAGAUGAGGUGUAUUUGAAUCUGGUGCUGGACUACGUCCCUGAGACAGUGUACAGGGUGGCUCGGCACUUCAACAAGGCCAAGACCACCAUCCCCAUCAUCUAUGUUAAGGUGUACAUGUACCAGCUGUUCCGCAGUCUGGCUUAUAUCCAUUCCCAGGGCGUGUGUCACAGAGACAUCAAGCCCCAGAACCUCCUGGUGGACCCAGAGACGGCCAUCCUCAAACUCUGUGACUUUGGCAGUGCGAAGCAGUUAGUUCGAGGUGAGCCGAAUGUGUCCUAUAUCUGCUCACGGUACUAUCGUGCCCCAGAGCUCAUCUUUGGUGCCACCGACUACACGUCCAACAUUGACAUCUGGUCAGCCGGCUGUGUGCUGGCUGAGCUGCUGCUGGGACAGCCCAUCUUCCCUGGGGACAGUGGUGUGGACCAGCUAGUAGAGAUCAUCAAGGUUCUGGGGACACCAACAAGGGAGCAGAUCCGGGAGAUGAACCCUAACUACACAGAGUUCAAAUUCCCACAGAUCAAAGCACACCCUUGGACAAAGGUGUUUAAGCCUCGUACCCCACCAGAGGCCAUUGCCCUCUGCUCUCGACUGCUGGAAUACACGCCGGUGACCAGGCUGUCUCCCCUGGAGGCGUGUGCACACGCCUUCUUCGAUGAGCUGCGCCAGCCCAACACCCGCCUGCCCAGCGGACGAGAACUGCCGCUCCUCUUCAACUUCAGUCCCGUUGAGCUGUCUAUCCAGCCCCAGUUGAACUCCACACUCAUUCCUCCUCACGCUCGUGCACAGACAUCGCCUGCCUCACAUGAGGGCAGUGUGUCAGACAGUUCCGCCCAGCCCAGCUCAGCGCCUGGAUCCAUCAACAACAGCACCUGAGCAUCCAUCCCUCUGUCAUCCUUUCUUUUUGUCUUCCCCAUUUUCCUUUUCUCUACUCUGCUCUUCUCCCUCUCAACCUUCCUCCUGGCUCCAAAUCCUUAAGAUAGAAAAGAAAUGACUACACACACACACACACACACACACACACACACACACACAUACACACACACACACACACACACACACACACAUACACUUAGCAUUGCUAUUUUCCCUGAAUUUUAACCAUUUCCAAUAGGAAGCGAUUUCUGUGGCCACUAGCUUCAGGAAGGUGUUUUAAGGACAUUUUGGCUGCCAUGCUUGGGCUUAGCAAAAGCUGCAGUUCUAAGCCCAUGGUGGCCCUCUGGCCUGUUAGAAUAAAGAAACUUUACAUUGGCUGGGAUGUUUGGGAGAUGAGGAGGGGUGGGGGUUGUACAUGUUAUAUGGAUUUUCUGUAUUAUAAUCCACAUUUGACUUUUAUCCCUUUUUAUGUUCAUUUUAUUUGCCAUUAGCUAAUUUUAUCUGUGGCCGUGGUGCCAUCGAAUGGGGUCCUGAUUGGCUAUGGAGUUGAGAAUGAGGGCCACAUUUAAGGCCUGACUAAUAUUGACAAUCAUCCUUAGUAGGGUAAAAAAAAAACGGCACACUUGUACUGUACUUAGUGUUUGAUCGUGCAACCUACUAUGUAGACUAGUGGCUUUUCUGUCACUAUCUACCCUGAACUCUUCUCAAGUAAUGUCAGUUCACCCAGCCCAAUAGUGAACAAAUGUGAAUAAUUUUUUUAAAUCUCCCAGUUUGAUACCAAACAGAACAUAUUGGCUGAUUUGGUCCAUGUCAUUUUAGAUAAGGUAUGGUUUUAAAUUUUAUUACAAAGAGAGGUACCACUGCCUGUCUUUACAGUUUAUUUUUGAAUGUUAGCUCCACAACUGCCUUUUAUGUGAAUGAGAGGGAGCUUUCUACGAGCAGAGUGCACAUCUUUCAGUUUCUUCAGUAUAAGCUGUUUUCUUUUGGUUAAGCUGGAAACCAAGAGUUUCAUGUUAAUUCUCAUGUGAAUAUUGCACAUCUUCAAAGGGAGUAGAGGAGAAGUAAAGGGGCCAGUUGUGUGUACUCGUCCAGCUGCGGACAUACCUGUACACUGAGGGAGCCGUGGUGAGGGGCUCCGGUUGCAUCUAAUACAGAAGCCUCAAUGUCUCUCAUGUCAUAAACACAGUUUUCUAGCACUGUAGGGUGAAUAGUCACCUCAUUAAUUAUGUCACUUUACGGUGUUAAGUUUCAUAUCAGCUUGAUAAUGUUGAAGAAUGAAAUCGGGUGCAGAGGGUACCGAGACUGCCCGCUUUCCUCUGCUCACCUUGGCUCGUCAUUGUCAUUUCCGCUAGUAUUCACAGUUAUUGUUUGUGCAGGGGGAGGACUCUGAACGAAUUGUGUUUGGUUUGUGAGAGAGAUCUGGUUGAAACCCUCUUCAGCCCUUCCCAAACAGCCUGCCUGUGACACUCAUAUCAUGUUCUUCUCCUGUGACGGCCGUAGGAACUGAUCUUGAAUGAUUUACGCAGCCUAACUAGUCCCUGCACGGACUAGUUUUCUUUCUUCCGCCACGCGAAUUUGCAUGUUCAGCCCAAGUUGACCACACUAUAUUUCUUCCACUAAUCUCAGUAAUAAUCUGACCAGAAAAUGAUGCUGAAACCCCUGAAACCCAACAGCUUUUGGAGCCUCCCCUUCCAUUCCUUUUUGUCCCCAUCCCUCUGCCUUCUGCUUCCCUCUGUCCUCCUCCUUUUUUCACUGCUAAACUGUAAAUAUCAAGUACCUUUUAUUUUAUUUUGUUAUUUUUGUUAUUGUUAUUAUAUUGUUGUUCUUGUAAUUUUUUUUUCUCUAGUAGACCGGUGCAGCAGCGACCGGGCUGUUUAUCCUCAGUCGCAGUCUGUAAAUACGAUUUCAUUUCAGUCCCUUGGUGCAGGAGGGAAAAAACAGAACAAAAUGUUUCAUUUUUAUUCUCUCUCCCUCCAUUUCUCUCUUCACAACUGUCCCUUUCCCUCAUAAAUGUUGUCAUAACUGUUUUAUUUAUUGUAUUGUGUUUUGUUUUGGGGGGGGAGGUCUUUUCUUUUCCACUGGGUGGUAAAAUUGAGGGAUUAGAGUUUUUUUUGUUUUUUUGUUUGUUUUUUUUAAUUCCAAAUUUUAGUCCAGCAAUGUCACAUGCAAAAUGAUUUCACAUCCAAGAUACUGUACUCAAAUCCAGACGUUGGUGUGUGUUCUCCAAUCAGUGGUCUCGUAUGUAUGCAGGUGCACAUGCUAGCCAACAGGUGGAACUCCAGUUUUCCAUUUAACUUCAAUGUGAAGGGAAUGUUACAAGCUUCUGGAUUUAUGGGGUCAUGGUGUUGGUAGAUAACACGGAUCACCCUGUGUGUGUGAGUGUGUGUGUCUGGAGGAAAGGGGGAAAUAAUGAAUCUGUCCAUUGACAUGUAAUAUCUCCUGUGUCCGACCGUCUCCUGUUUUCGCUUACUGUGUGUCGUAUGAGUGUAACGGGUUUGACCUGUUAGUACAGUGUGUAUGCUUCACAGAUUCUUGGUGAGUUUCUUGAGCACAGCUGCAGGGAAUGAAUGUGUGUCUGUAUGUGACCAUGGACAUUAUUCUCUGUACUCUCUUUCCAAAAUGAAGAGCUGACUAAAUGUGCUUAUUUUAAUGUUUGUUUUGUUUUUAUUUUCCAUCUUCUGAUCCGUCACGCUUUUAAUUUGCUGUGACCCCGCUCUUUUAGCACCCUUUCUGAGGGUUAAAUGUCAAUGUUGGGAACAGAACGGUUGGAUAAAGGAGCUGAUUAAAAGAGAGGGAUGGAGGGAGAGAGACAGUUUUUGUUUGUUGGUAUAAAUAAUUAAACUCAUUAAUAAAGUGAUGAAACUGU